CGCCAUUGGUUCCAAUUCUAUUUGUUUGAUGAUAAAAAUGUUAAAAUAUUUAGUAUAGAAAAUGGGUGAUUUUGUUUUGUCAACGAAUAUUCUGCAUUUCAUAUAUUAUUAAUUGUGGGUUUGCAUGGAAAAAUAUGAAAAUUUCUCAAAUUCGAGUGCAUCGGUUGAUUCUCUUUCAAAUUUUCAUGCAAACUAUUCAAAUAUCUCAAAUUAUUUGCAAAUAAUUUCAUUUCAAUUCAAUUGCAAAAUUGUCGUCGAGAGCAAAUUGCAAUUUUACAUUGAACGCACCCAUCGCAUCGUCUGGUAUAGUCUCUUGCCAUUCAUACAUCGACAUUCGAUCUAAACAUUUGAAUGUCAUUUUUUUAACGUCAUAAUGGUGCUUAAAUACACAUCAAAUUUGCUGAAUUUUUCAUUUUUAUUAAUUGUGUAUGACAUUCGUGCGUCGUAAAUCGUUUAAAUUUAUUAGUUUUAGUUUUAGUUUGGUUCUGAUUCAAACAAUCAGGCCAUCGAAUUGUGCCUAAUACUUGCCGAACCAAUUCCGACAAGUGUGGCCUUACGCAAAGUAAUUUGUAGUAAACAAAAAUACGUGCGAGUUGCACAAUACAAAGAAAAACAACAACAACAACAAAAAAUCGAGAGAAAAAAGAAGAAAAGAAUUUCAAUUGAAAUUUAAUCAAAUUUAAUGUGUUUAUUAAGAAUGAUAUAAGUGAGAGCCGCAGAGGUGAAGGCAGAUUCGACCAAAUUGAUUUGUGCACAUCAAAGCAAUAGAAUCGUAUGAAAUGUUAUCGCGAAAAAGCAAAGAUAAAACCAUAAAAGAAGGCGUUGUGGGUAAAUAUGUCAAAAAAGAAACACCACCAGAAAUACCAAUCAUAAACGUGUGGACAAUCGAUGCGAACAAAAAUAAGUCAAAGAAUCGUCGCAACAGUCAACAGAUCGGUGGUGACACAAAUGCAAGUACCGAUGAUAAUAUUAUCCAAGCGACAAGCCAAAAAUUCGGUAACAAUGGCAAAAUUAAUGUUAAAAAAUCCAGUUUGGGCCACGAAGGAAAAUAUACACCAAAAUUUGUCAACACAUCGACGGAGAUGAAUCGAAACAUUGGCUCAUCGUUACACUUUAGCCCAUCAAGUGAUAUGGACAUUGGCACACCAAAUCGAAAGAUAUCAUCACAAUCGGCGAGCGGUAUUCUGCUGAAUAGCUCAAAUCACAUGAAUGUAAAUAUGAAUUUGAAUAAUAGUCAUGGAAAUUAUGUGGACAUUGAUCAAAUUGAUCAGAUGCGACAACCAGAUUCGCCAUUUUCCCACUACGAUCUGGCGAAAUUUCAACGAAACUACUCAAUGAACCAAAACCAUCAGCAUACAUUCGAAAAUCAUUUCGGAUUGAUGCAAACGUAUUCGGGGAAUAAUUUGGCCGAUGCAUCACCAUUUACCAAGCAGUACUCAACAACACGCAAAGAUCUCCAGGCGAGACAGAUGGCAACGCCACUAUCUUCAAACUCCCUGCCAAAGACCAAUUAUCUACUGGACAACUCGCCGAUCUAUGAAAAUCAACAGCAAAUUGCCGAUAUGACCCGCUCCGAAUCGCCCAUUUACAGCAACACCACUUCAAGUUUGAUGUCAUUGUAUCAUCCAUCGGAGCAUGGCGGCUCACAUCAACCGCUGCGCAAUCAAUCGUCAAUCAGUUCAAACUAUCCACAUAGCACGAAUUCGUCGGAGCUCAUCCCACAUCCGCAGACUAAUAUCUACUCGAACAUUAUGCCCAAUGAUAUGCCAUUAUACUCGAAUGUACGAUCAUCAGCCUAUGAUAUGGCCAACUCUAGUUUAUGGAAGUCAACAAGUACAUCACAAUCGCUACAGCAACCAGGUUCAUCGGCUCAAAUUCAAGACGAAGAAUUACCAUUGCCACCAGGGUGGUCUGUAGAUUAUACGUUACGGGGUCGCAAGUACUACAUUGAUCAUAAUGCAAAGACAACGCAUUGGUCGCAUCCACUGGAACGAGAAGGUCUGCCCGUUGGAUGGCAAUGCAUCGACUCACCACAAUACGGAAUCUAUUAUGUUAAUCACAUCACGCGACAAGCUCAAUACAACCACCCGUGCUAUACCUCAUGCUAUUUGUACACAACAAGUGAUCGUCACAAGCCAAUUAUACCUGGCCCAACUCACACACAAUUUACACCACACAGUGCCUUAGUUCCAGCCAAUCCAUAUCUGCUUGAAGAAAUUCCAGCCUGGUUGCUCAUCUAUGUUGAUGCUGAUCCAGCUACAGAUCAUAAAUUGAAGUGGGACAUGUUCAAAUUAUCAGAACUGGAGUGCUUUGACAGCAUGAUGUUCCGCAUGUUCAAACAAGAAAUGGAAAUGCUCAUUUCACGAUACGAGGCCUAUCGGCAAUUGCUAAAUAACGAGCUACAAAGAAGACUGCAAGAAGAGCAGCAGAAACAACAUGACGGACAAGAUACUGAUCGGGCACAAAUCCAAGAGCUAGACACACAUCAACUGGAACGAAAAUCAAAGAAUUUAUUUAGUCAAUGCACACACAAUUCCAAUCCUUGAUUUUAGAUUCUCUUCUUUUUUUUAAGACAAUGAAAGAAUAUUUUUCUAUCGUUACACUCUUAAUGCUUUGGACGAAAUACUUGUUUCUUUCGUCUCUUUUUCAUAGAACAUUGUUAAAUCGAAAUAUAAAUCAUUUGUGAUAGUAGCAUUACAUA